AUGUCCGGAAACAAGGCUCUCUUCUUCAAAAGUAUCCCCCAGGGAUACCCUGUCCCCGGGCAGGAUAUCACCAUUGAGAAUGUUGCCGACGUCGAUGCCAACUCUCCUGCUCCCGCCAACGGUGUUGUCUUGCAGUCCCUCUACACCAGUUUCGACCCCUACAUGCGUGGCCGCAUGCGCGACGCCGAGUCCAAGUCCUAUGCUCCCGCUUUCGCCCUCAACAAGCCCAUUGACAGCCGCAGCAUCUGCAAGGUCCUCCGCUCCAACAAUGCUUCUUACAAGGAAGGUGACCUCGUCAUCGGCCAUGUGCCCAUCCAGGAGUACAUUGCUCUGAACGGUGAGCAGGUGGUCGUCCUCAGCCCCCUCGAGAACCCUUUGGGAAUUGAGGACAUCCGUGUUUUCUUGGGUGCUCUGGGUAUGCCCGGUCUCACUGCCUACUCGUCGCUCUACGAGAUUGGAAAGCCCAAGAAGGGCGAGACUAUCUUUGUCUCCGCAGCUAGCGGUGCUGUCGGCCAGUUGGUUGGCCAGCUGGCCAAGCACGAGGGCCUCAAGGUCAUCGGCAGUGUUGGAUCGGAUGAGAAGCUGGACUACAUUAUCAAGGACCUGGGCUUCGACGGCGGCUUCAACUACAAGAACGAGAAGCCCAAGGAUGCCCUGGCCCGUCUGGCCCCCAACGGAAUUGACAUCUACUACGAGAACGUCGGUGGCGAGCACCUCGAGGCUGCUCUUGAUGCCCUCAACAACUUUGGCCGUAUCGUCGUCUGCGGCUUGAUCUCCCAGUACAACUCCGCCCCGUACCCGAUCACCAACAUCCACAACGUGCUGGUCAAGCGUAUUGACAUGCGUGGAUUCAUCGUCGGUGACCCCGGUUUUGCUCCUAAGUACACCAAGGAGCACCAGGAGAAUGUGCAGAAGUGGAUCAAGGAGGGUUCAUUCAAGAAUCUCAUUCACGAGACCCAGGGCAUUGACAACGCUGCCGAGGGUCUGGUUGGUAUCUUCUACGGAAAGAACAAGGGCAAGGCUGUCCUGAAGUUCUAA